CAGCAGCAUGUAAACAACUUUCGCCAAGAAGCCAGGUCACCGCUGAGAAAGGGCAGGAAGAAUUUUGAGUGGCCACCUAUGCCAGGUGUGCCUGGAGUUCUGCAGGCAUGAAACAUUCCAUGCCAGCCUCCGUGUGCCACUGGCGAAGGUUGAGGCUCUUCAGGUAGGAGGGUCCUGGGGGCAGCAGCACCAGGAUCCCUUCCAAAGGGAGAAUGGGGACAGAUACGAACUCUCUACAGUGAAUUUGGGUUUCAGCUUAUGAAGGAAUUUUAAGCAAAAUUAUUUAAUUUCCACAUAUUCACCUUCCAAAACCUUCUGUGUGAAGUGCGAGUGUCACCCCCUCCACGGGAGUUAUCAGGAGUUUUCUGGCACCAAGGUGAACUCUUCUUGGUAUUUCUGGCAAUACAGAUCUGCUGGACAGAUUGAUCUGCUGAAUGCUGUGGGGCAGGAAACGGAGCAAAGCCUCUGGAAGCAGUGGACAGGUAGUGGAGUGGAGAGCUCUCCUUUGCCACUUACUUGCACAGAAACACAGCCUGGACACGCAUGCUGGAACUGAAGACUUGUUCUACCUUGUUCGCUAUCAAGUUCCUCUGCUCUGUGCAAGCAAUUAAAUGAUGUGAUCCUGGGGAUGGAGUUUGUCACCCUUGGGGGACUAGCUUCCUUUCUCAGGUUGGUGCUGUCAGAAAGGACCAUCUGAAGGCCACGGUUUGUGCGUGGGGAAGAGGGCACCAGCCUGGCCUGGAUCCUCCACCAUGUUCCUCUUGCUGCCUUUUGAUAGCCUGAUUGUCAACCUUCUGGGCAUCUCCUUGACAGUUCUCUUUACCCUCCUGCUCGUUUUCAUCAUAGUCCCUGCCAUUUUUGGAGUCUCCUUUGGUAUCCGAAAGCUCUACAUGAAAACUUUGUUAAAAAUCUUUGCGUGGGCUACCUUGAGAAUGGAGAGAGGAGCCAAGGAGAAGAACCACCAACUUUACAAGCCCUAUACCAAUGGAAUAAUUGCAAAAGAUCCUACUUCACUAGAAGAAGAAAUCAAAGAAAUUCGUCGAAGUGGCAGUAGUAAGGCUCUGGAUAAUACUCUGGAGUUUGAGCUCUCUGACAUUUUCUACUUUUGCCGGAAAGGAAUGGAGACUAUUAUGGACGAUGAAGUGACCAAGAGAUUCUCAGCAGAGGAAUUGGAGUCAUGGAACCUGCUGAGCAGAACCAAUUAUAACUUCCAGUACAUCAGCCUUCGGCUCACUGUGUUAUGGGGGCUAGGAGUGCUGAUUCGAUAUUGCUUCCUCCUGCCACUCAGGAUAGCUCUUGCAUUCACAGGGAUCAGCCUGCUGGUGGUGGGCACCACUGUGGUGGGAUACCUGCCAAAUGGAAGGCUUAAGGAGUUCUUGAGUAAACAUGUUCACUUGAUGUGUUACCGGAUCUGCGUGCGUGCCUUGACAGCUAUCAUUACCUACCAUGACAGGAAAAACAGACCAAGAAAUGGUGGUAUCUGUGUGGCUAAUCAUACAUCUCCCAUCGACGUGAUCAUUUUGGCCAGUGAUGGCUAUUAUGCCAUGGUGGGUCAGGUGCAUGGAGGCCUCAUGGGUGUUAUUCAGAGAGCCAUGGUGAAGGCGUGCCCACAUGUCUGGUUUGAACGGUCUGAAGUGAAAGAUCGCCAUCUGGUGGCUAAGAGACUGACUGAACACGUGCAAGAUAAAAGCAAGUUGCCUAUUCUUAUCUUCCCAGAAGGAACCUGUAUCAAUAACACGUCGGUGAUGAUGUUCAAAAAGGGAAGUUUUGAGAUUGGAGCCACUGUUUACCCUGUUGCUAUCAAGUAUGACCCUCAGUUUGGUGAUGCAUUCUGGAACAGCAGCAAGUACGGGAUGGUGACAUACCUGCUGAGAAUGAUGACCAGCUGGGCCAUUGUCUGCAGCGUUUGGUACUUGCCUCCUAUGACCAGAGAGAAAGAUGAAGAUGCUGUGCAGUUUGCUAACAGGGUGAAGUCUGCCAUUGCCAGGCAGGGAGGACUGGUGGACCUGCUGUGGGAUGGUGGAUUAAAGAGGGAGAAGGUGAAAGACACAUUUAAGGAAGAGCAGCAGAAGCUGUACAGCAAGAUGAUUGUUGGGAACCAUGAGGACAGGAGCCGUUCCUGAGUCUGCAUCCCACGCUGGCUGGAGCCUCUGCCUCCAAGUCCCGACAAUGAGCCAGCAGAAGACGCUGCUGCUCCCGCUCCGCCUCCACCACCACUACCACCACCGUGCCCCACUGCUGCACCCUUCCAGACUCAGGAUCCCAGGACUCCAGCUUCUUCAGAGCCACACAGGGAUCCCUGGGCUCAGGCAGCACAGCCUGCCCACUGUCAUCUGCUGCAAAGUUGCUGGGUGCUCCAGCCAGGACAAGAUGCCUUCUUGUUCCCUUUACAAUAAGCCUGUUGGAGGAGUGCCAUUAAAGUCAGCUCUCCACCUGUGUGCGUCAUCUCGGGCUGAGUGGUUGGGAGGACUGUCCUCAACCUUGGUAGGGUUUGGGAUUCAGUCCUUGUGGUCGCACAUGUGCCAGGGACUUACUAGGGGAGGCCGGCACAUGACUCCAGAGGAGAGGGGCACUGCCAAGAUGGCUGGGCCCGCCUCUAGCCCAAACAGCACCCAGCCUCAGAUCUCUGCAGACCCGGUGAAAAGAAGACUUGUUUGCAGGGGCAUUGGGCCAAAUGAAGUUUUAAAAAGUUCUGGAGCUCCUGCUUAAGGGGUGUCACAGGAUGGGGAGAGGCCAGUGCCCCCUUGACCAGUCUGUGACAAGAGCCAGGAAUCUGUGUUCAAACUCCAGGCUGAGCCUGAAUUUCCCAUGUGACUUGCACUUUGUUUAAUGUGUGCCUCGUCUUCCCCAUGUGUGUCAUGGGUCAGCAGGGGAAGGGAAGGUGGUGACAUCUACCUCACAGGGUUGUUGUGGGGACUCCAGUGCUACUAUGAG